CUCAUCUAUAUCUCUCCAAGAACACAAACGCUUCUUUCACCUCUCUCUCUCCCAUUUAGGGUUACCGUUAAAGAGAGAGAGAGAGAGUUCUUCCCAAAUCUCAUUGUCUUAGAGCGAUGAAUCAAGAACAGAGCCUGCAUCAAUGCGCAGCUUGCGGGGAACAAGAAGCCUUCUUAACCUACGCCGUCAACGCUCUCCGGCGACUCUGCACCGACUGUUUACUCAAGGAGCAUCGUAACCUCUUCUGCCCUGUUUGUCUCCACGUCCACGUCACCUCCCCUCCUCCUCCAGAACAGAGCAUCCUCUGCCUCAAUUGCCCUUCCAUCACCCACCUCGCUUGCUCCUCCUCCUCCUCCGCCGACGCCGAUGAAGCUUCGUCCUUCACUUGCCCGCCCUGCUCUGAUCCCAAUUUCUCCUUCUUCCCCAAAUCUCAUCAGAACGGAGCAGAGACGGUUCUUGGCCAAGAAUCUUCCAACGCUCUCGUCGCGGCGGCGAAUAUCUCGGCGGUUUUGAUGAAGAACGCGGCGGCUGAGUUGAAGAAGGAAGCUCAUGAGAAGAUCUUCGCAGCUAAAGAGGCGAAGCAGAGAGCUAAAGAAGCGUUAGGGAAUCUUCAGGAACUUGUUCGUAAGCAAAAAGCUUUGGAGAAGAGUAGUAACCCUAACCCUAAUAAGAGGAAGAACAGUGACCGUUGAUUCACAAAAUCUCUCUCGGUACGUAGGGGUUUGGUUUGUAUGAUAGAUCUCUCUUUUAGGGUUCAAGAAAAAAGACUACUCUUUUUUAUUCAUUUGCUUCUUUAAGUUCACAGAGAAAGGUGGAGACUUUGAGUUUAGGAUUUUAGAUUAUGAUUAGGUCUUUGUGUUUUUUUGUAUAAUGGUCUGUGAGAUGCUGCAAUGACAAUUCAUUCAUGUUUAUGGCUAUGUCUUCAAAACCUAUAAGAUUUCUGUCUUGUUGUAUUUGUUCACUGGUUUGAUGAUGUUUGAAUGUAUGGAGUUAUGAUGAAAUAG